UCCAGCCCGGCUAUCUUCGGAUCGAUUUUGGUGCGGGAGCUCGAUUGUCCAGCAACCCCGUCGUCCAAUCUUGCUCUUAAGCAGCUCAGACAGUUCCGUGUUUGCAUUUCUUCCGUGAAAGACAAAAAUGGCAGUGAAGGCAACGAUCAUUAUGAUCUUGUUUGCCGUGACAAAUGCGGUACCUGUGCGAGAUAUCCCCGAAUUCUUGCACAUUUGUCGUGUGAAUGUACCGAAGUACGAGGCAUGCGUCGUCGACAGCAUAGAAUUUUUGAAGCCGUAUCUCAAAGUAGGCGUACCGGAAUACAAUAUCCCAUCAUUGGAACCUCUCAAACUAAAGAAAUUGACGAUUGCACUUACAAACACCUUGCAAAUACAGCUGACCGAUGUCUUGGCAAACGGUGCGAGUAACUUCAAAGUUAGUAAUGUAAAAGUCGCCUUCAAAGAGAAUGUGCACGUGACGGUGAACGUACAAUUGCCGAAUAUCCAAGUUGAGGGGAAAUACGAUAUCGACGGCAAAAUAUUGUUGCUUCCGCUUCGCGGCUCUGGCCCGCUGCACGGCAACUUCUCAAACUGCUUAGGCGCGUGCAAAAUCGUGGCUGAAAGAUACAUCGACGAGAACGGCGUCGAGAAAUUUCGCGUCAAGGAUUUUAAGCUGAAGAUUACGGUAGGUCAGGGUACAGUGAAGCUGGACAAUCUGUUUGACGGCGAACAGGCCCUCGGAGACAUUGUCAACUCUACCAUCAACAACAAUUUCGAUCUCUUCAUGAAGGAACUUUUGCCGUACGUGGAGAAGGCGCUCUCCGACGCGUUCGCGCACAUCAGCACUAGCAUCGUCGCGCAGUUCUCGGCCGCUCAGCUUUUUCCCGGUGCGUAUUGAUAAUCCAGAUGAGCGGACUGGAGACUAAUUGUAAAUUUACAAAAGCGAUAAAGCGGAAGUGUUAAAAAAAAACUUAUUGCUAUUUUCCGCUACAUCGAAUCUUUCUUACUCCGCGUAUAUGCUCGACUAAGAUUCGCAUGAUUUAAUUUGUGACACGUUAAGAUUCUGUAGCGGAUUUUCGAUCUAGUCGGCACUCGAUUCUAGCGAGAAACGACGAAUAAAAGAAUCGUGAAUCGUGAUUUUAGUGUCAUUUAAAAAUUCUAUACUAAACUAUUCAAAAGAUAACGGUGAACUAUUGUGACGAAAGAUGUGACGAGUGAUCGCGCGGAUCAAUGAGUCUGAUUUACGAUCUUUCGACAUAUGCAGGAUAUUUAUUUAAUUAAUCAAUACUACCUCAAAAUUGAAGUAGCGCAAACCAGCCGAAUAUUUGCGAAACGUAGAACUUAAGAAAGAUGAUGACAUUUCUUAGACGCUUUCUUUUUUUCACUUUUAGGGUGAAAGAUAUGCGAAAUGAAAGUUUGAAAAUACUAAGAAAUGCAAAAAUUUUAGAAAAUAUUUUUGUAUAUUUCUCGAUGAGUCAAAAUUUUUUUAAUACGAAAUUUCUAUGAUUAUUAUUACAAAAUGCGAAAAAUAUUAGAUAAGCUAAAUAUGUAGGAUUAGUUUUAGCCCUGAUCUACAAUAGGCCUGUUCUUUAUAGUUGAACUGGCUGCACUAGUUCAGAGUUUAUCUUUCUCCUUCCAAUGUAGAGGGAAAAAGAAAAACUCUGAACUAGUACAGCCAGUUCAGCUAUAAAGAACAGACCUAGUGUGCUUCUUGCUUAUUGUUUCUUGCCCUCUGCCUUUCGUAUCUUUGUUUUUUAUGUGUUUGUCGCAUGGAGUCAAGAAACACCAUGAUUUACAAUUUCUCUUUUCUAAAAAUUUCCAAAGAAAAAUAUGCCUUUAAAUAAAGCAAAAAGGCAGAAAACAAAAAUCAAAAAGCACAUUGUAGAUUGCGUUUUAGGGAAAAGUUUCUUAUAAAAAUCAAAGUGAAAAAUCAAACUGAAAAAUCAAAGUAAAAAAUCAAAGUGAAAAAUCAAAGUGAAAAAUCAAAGUAAAAAAUCGAGUAUUUCUUUGUAAAUUUAAUGAUAAGAUAUUGUAAAUCAAAACUCUUACUCUCUGAUUCAAUUCCAAUUGAAACAACUUAUCGACGAACAGUAAACAGCAUGCUAUUUUAUAAUUUAUUUUAUCCAUUAUUUGCCAGCAAAGAUAAAGAAAUCUGUAGAGUUUAUCUGUGAGAUUAUAAUA